AUGCCUUACAGAGCCGUUAUAUUCGACAUCGGUGGAGUGGUCGUAGGCUCUCCCGUGGAGGCUAUCAGUCGGGCAGAGAAGCUAUGGAACCUCCCGAAGCACUGGAUCAACGCAGCAAUCACCGCGAUGGGUGACGACGGACCUUUUCAGCGAUUCGAGCGGGGCGAGAUGGGACAGGACGAGUUCUACCGCGAAUUUGGCGCGAGACUUGGGGAUGUCGAGACGAAUAACAGGGCGUACAGGGUUUAUUGCAAGCGGGCGGGGAUAGAAUGCCCGCCGCUACCGCAGAAGGUGCAGAUAGAUGGAAAAGAACUAUGGGGCUUGAUGAUGGACCCCGCGACGGAGCCCGAUCCUGUCGUCGUAGAAGCGAUCAACCGGCUUCGAGCCUCACAACGCUACAAAGUUGCCGCCUUGACCAACAACUUUGCCCCAGCGGGCACCACUCCAACGCGGCACAUCUCGACAACUCCCUACCGACCGAUCUCGACUUCCGAGCUUCGCGCAGCGCUAAAGGAAGUCGCGCAAGGAGGAGAGGGAGAAGCGAAGGGUACGGCGAGCGAGAUGAUGAAGGGAUUGUUUGAUGCGUAUAUCGAGAGCUGCGUCGAGGGGUUGCGGAAACCCGAUCCCAAGUCCUUCCGACUCGCACUCGACAUCCUCGGCGUCGAAGCGCACGAGACCGUCUUCCUCGACGACAUCGGGCACAACCUCGCCGCCGCCAAAAAGCUGGGAAUCAAAACUAUCCGUGUGAAGCAUGGCAAGUCGAAGGAGGCGAUCAGGGAGUUGGAGGAGACGCUCGGGAUGGACUUGACGAGCGGGAAGGAGGCCAAGUUGUAG